CAUAAACGACCAACAUCCAGGUUUCCAUCACCACGCAACCGCUCUCGGUUUGAAUCUCUCAUCAACUGGAUACAAUCCUGAACAACCCAUCUUCGCGCCACCUCCAUCCCUUCAGCAUGGCCGACGCAGCCCUCUCCGCAACAGGGCUCGACCCAACCGCCAUCCCACCUCCACCAACAACCGGGACCGGGACACAACCUGCCCCAGAAACGACCCCCUUCACCCACCCGCCCCCCUUCCACCUCUCCCUCAACCCCGCCCAGCCCACAACCCUGCUCCUCCUGCACGGCCUCCUCUCCUCCCACCUCGAAUACACCCACGUCAUCCCCCACCUCUCGGCCUACCACCUCUUACUAGUCGACCUACCAGGCCACUCCAACUCCUUCUCCGCCUCCACGCCCCCCCUCCCACAAUCCUACACGCUCCCCUCCAUGGCCGACGCGCUCGCCCCGCUCAUCCGCACCCACGCCCACAACGGCCGCGCCCACGUCGUCGGCCUGUCGAUGGGCGGGUAUGUCGCGCUGGAGCUGGCGCGGCGGCACCCGGAUUUGUGUUGCAGUGUGUGGGUGACGGGGGCGGCGCCGCUGGGGGGGUUGUUCGCGUGGAUGGCGGCGCGGCCCGCGUGGGUGGAUGGGUUUAUGUGGGCGGUGGAGGUGCUACCGGAGCGGGUGUAUGAGUGGAUGGUGGGGAUGCAGGGGAUGCGGCCGCAUCGGGAGGUGAGGGGGGAGAUGAAGAGGAAUCGGCGGUGGGAGGUGUUGUAUGGGGUGUAUGGGAGUAUUUUGGAGGGGGAGGGGGGGUGGGAGAGGGUGGGGGCGGUGGAUGGGAGGGUGAGGGUUUUGACGGUGGCCGGGGGGAAGCAGGAUGAUGUGGAGGCGACGAGGCGGAUGGGGAGGGUUUGGAGGGAGAUGGGGAGGGAGGGGUGUAAGGCCGCGGUGGUGAGGGAGGCGGUGCAUGCUUGGGAUUUGCAGAUGCCGGAGCUGUUUGCGGAGGGGGUGAAGGCUUGGGUUGAGGGUAGGGAACUACCGGGGGAGUUUGAGUUGUUGGAGUAG